AUCCAGUAAUCUCACAAGAGUUGAUAUUUAAACUUGAACAGAAACACACCAUCAGUCAGAGAGGAGACCUGCUGGAUUUCACUGACCAAGAUCACUACAAGAGCAGAAUGGAGGAGAACCAGAACACAGAGCACCACACCAACAACCCUGUUAAAAGAGAAGAACCAGACUCAGCCUCUGCUUCCACCAAUAAACAGAAACAGACAGGGAGAGAGGGACUCAAACAUCACCGCUGUCAGCACUGUGACAAAGCCUUCACAACUUCAAGACAUUUAAAGAUUCAUCAGAAAAUUCACAAAGGAGAGAAACUUCACAGCUGUGACCAAUGUGGGAAAGCUUUCAACAAAGGAAGUACCCUAAAAGCCCACCAACGCAUUCAUACUGGAGAGAAACCAUACAGCUGUGACCUUUGUGGAAAAGCUUUCACUCGUGCCAGUCAUCUAAAAACCCACCAACAUAUUCACACUGGAGAGAAACCGUACAGCUGUGACCAAUGUGGGAAAGCUUUCAUUAUGGACAGUGAUCUAAAAAUCCACCAACGCAUUCACACUGGAGAGAAACCAUUCAGCUGUGAGCAAUGUGGGAAAACUUUCACUCAAUACAGUCAAAUAAAAAUCCACCAACGCAUUCACACUGGAGAGAAACCAUUCAGCUGUGAGCAAUGUGGGAAAACUUUCACUCAAUACAGUCAUCUAGAAAGCCACAAUCGCAUUCACACUGGUGAGAAGCCGUAUUGGUGUGACCAAUGUGGGAAAGCUUUCAACAAAGGAAGUGCCUUGAAAGUCCACCAACGCAUUCAUACUGGAGAGAAACCAUACAGCUGUGAUCAAUGUGGGAAAGCUUUCAACAACGGAAGUGCCUUGAAAGUCCACCAACGCAUUCAUACUGGAGAGAAACCAUACAGCUGUGAUCAAUGUGGGAAAGCUUUCACUUUAAGUGGUCAUCUAAAAAUCCACCAACGCAUUCAUACGGAGAGAAACCAUACAGCUGUGAACAAUGUGGGAAAUUUUUCACGAGAAACAGUGAUCUAAAAAGUCACCAACGUAUUCACACUGGUGAGAAACCGUACAGCUGUGACCAAUGUGGGAAAACUUUCACUCAUAAAAAUGAUCUAAAACACCACCAAUACAUUCACACUGGAGAGAAACCGUACAGCUGUGACCAAUGUGGGAAAGCUUUCACUCAU